GGAGGCAUGCCCGGAGUUUCAAAUUCACUUGGCUGAAUCAACACUAACUUCUCAAACUUUAGAAAAGUUGUGCAGUCCUCUCUGGCUUCGCAAGCGCUUACACCCCCCCCCUCACCGGUCCUCUGCUUAGCUGUAUCAUGCAUGACAGUCAUGUUACACCGCUUGUCUUGCUGCUUUCAUUCUUCUCUGUCGGGUUGAUUGCGGAGACUGUUGUCCCAGAACUGGAGACUGAUGAAGUGGUUCCCAUGGUGCUAUUUGGAGAGGACACACACCUGCUGCUGCAGGACCAGACCCGGCGUUACCGCGACCGGCGCUCCCCCCAGGACGUCCCGGGUGGUCACGACACAACUCAUAAGGAUCACUUACUUCUGUUGCUUCCCGCUUUCGGAAAUAAUCUUUACUUGAAUCUUAGAAGCGACAACUCGUUCCUCUCUGACAACUUUGUCGUCGAGGAGAGGAAAAGAGGCAAGAGUCCCCAGCUGUCGCGGAUCCCCCAGGGCCAGCUCUGCUUUUACACAGGAUGGAUAGUCAACCACACGGACUCGUACGCCUCGCUCAGUACCUGCGGAGGCCUGAUGGGACUGGUCCAACUGGGCGAGCAGAGCGUGUUCGUCCAGCCCAGCAGCGACUCCUAUGACCCGGCUCAGUCCUUCUCCGGGCUCAGGCACCGCCUCACCAGACAGAGACGCUCCCCCAGGCCGGGCCCCGGGCCGGGGCCAGGGCCAGGGCCCGGGCCAGGGCCCGGGCCGGGGCCGCACACCAGCCAGGCCGCCGGCCCGGUGGGUGGCAAGCCCUGCGGCACGGUGCAAGGGAAGAAGAAGGGGAGGAGCCAGAGAGCGGGGGAGGAGCAACGCGGGAGGAGGAACGCCAUCCGGCUGACCGACUCGUACACGGUGGAGACGGUGGUGGUGGCCGACACGGACAUGGUCCGGUACCACGGCGCCGAGGCCGCCCGCCGCUUCCUGCUGACCGUCAUGAACAUGGUGUACAACAUGUUCCACCACCAGAGCCUGGGUGUGAGGAUCAACAUCCGCAUCACGAAGCUGGUGCUGCUCCACAGCCGACCGGACAGGCUGAAGGUGGGCCACCACGGGGAGCGCUCGCUGGAGAGCUUCUGCAACUGGCAGUACCACGAGUACGGCGGCGCCCGUUACCUAGGCAACAACCAUGUGCCCGGCGGCCGCGACGACAUCCCGCCCGUGGACACCGGCGUGCUGGUCACCAGGACAGACUUCUGCGUUCACAAGGAUGAGCCCUGCGACACAGUCGGGAUCGCUUACCUGGGAGGGGUGUGCAGUGCCAAGAGGAAGUGUGUGUUAGCUGAGGAUAACGGACUCAACUUGGCUUUCACCAUCGCCCACGAGCUGGGUCACAACAUGGGAAUGAGCCACGAUGACGACCAUGCCACCUGCACUGGUCACUCCCACAUCAUGUCAGGCGAGUGGGUGAAAGGUCGUAACCCCAGCGACCUCUCCUGGUCCUCCUGUAGCCGUGACGACCUGGAGAAGUUCCUCAGGUCCAAAGCCAGCGGCUGCCUACUGCACACGGACCCCCGGAGCCGGUACCAGGUACAGCUGCCCCCCAAGCUGCCCGGAAUGCACUACAGCGUGGACGAGCAGUGCCAGAUCCUGUUCGGCACCAACGCCACCUUCUGCAGUGACAUGGAGCAUCUGAUGUGCGCCGGCCUGUGGUGCCUGGUGGAGGGAGACACCUCCUGCAAGACCAAGCUGGACCCGCCGCUGGACGGGACCGACUGUGGGACCGACAAGUGGUGCCGGGCCGGCGAGUGUGUGAGUAAGACCCCCAUCCCGCAGCACGUGGACGGGGACUGGAGUCCCUGGAGCUCCUGGAGCAUGUGCAGCCGCACCUGCGGCACCGGAGUCCAGUUCAGGCAGAGGAAGUGUGACAACCCACCGCCGGGCCCCGGGGGCAGAAACUGCCAGAAGGCCAGCGUGGAGCACAAGGCGUGUGAGGGGCCCCCCUGCCCUAAAGGGGGCCCCAGCUUCAGGGACCUCCAGUGUCUCUCGUACGACCGCCACGCCACCAAGAAGAAGACCAGCAUGCUGAUGGCCGUGAUCAACGACGACAAGCCCUGCACGUUGUUCUGCAGCCCCAUUGGCCGGGAUAUUCCCGUUCUGAUGUCGGACCGUGUGAUGGACGGAACCCCCUGUGGACCCUACGAGACCGACCUGUGUGUCAACGGCAGGUGCCAGAGGAUCGGCUGUGACGGCAUCAUCGGCUCCUCUGCCCUGGAGGACCGCUGCGGGGUGUGCAACGGAGACGGGCGCUCGUGCAAAAUAGUGAGGGGGGACUUCAACCACUCCAAGGGCAUGGUCGCUGCUGGGCAGUGUAAGAGGGUAUCUACCUGUGUGAUGCCUAAACCCAGAGCGGUCCCCAAGUGUUUCUCAUGCUACAUCGAGGCAGCCGUCAUCCCCACCGGAGCCCGGAGGAUCAAGGUGGUGGAGGACAGGCCCUCCCACAGCUUCCUGGCCCUCCAGGACUCCAGUAAGCGCUCCAUCAACAGUGACUGGAAGAUCGAGCUGCCGGGAGAAUUCCAGCUCGCAGGAACCACCGUCCGCUACGUGAGGCGGGGGCUCUGGGAGAAGAUGUCUGCCAAGGGACCCACCAAGUCUCCCCUCCACCUGAUGGUGCUGUUGUUCCACGACCAGACCUACGGGAUCCACUACGAGUACACCGUGUCCGUGAACACGUCCCGGGACAGGGGCAGCCGGGAGGACCAGCGGGACCCCGAGCACCUCUACAUCUGGACCCACAGCAGCUGGCGGGACUGCACCGUCCACUGCGGAGGAGGCGAGAGGAGGACGGUGGUGUCCUGCAUGAGGAUAGCCAAUAAGAGCAUGGAGCUGGUGAACGGCAGCCACUGCCAGCCCCAGAACCAGCCGCUCCCUCAGGUGCGAGUGUGCAACACGCACCCCUGCCAGUACCGGUGGGUGGCCGGCGAGUGGGGCGCCUGCUCGGUGACGUGUGAGCGGGGCUUCCAGCGGCGCGAGGUGGCCUGCAUGUACCAGCUCCAGAACGGCUCGCUCAUCCACACCAAGGAGCCGUACUGCCAGGGCGGGAAGCCCCCCGUGCUGCAGGGCUGCGAGGGCCGCCUCUGCCUCACCGUCUGGGAGGCGUCCGAGUGGUCCAAGUGCUCGUCAGACUGCGGGACAGGGGUCCGCACGCGCUCCGUGUCCUGCACCAACCCCCAGGGUCUCUGCGACCCCCACUCCCAGCCGGCUCAGCAGGAGCCCUGCGAGGAAUACUCCAAGUGCUACGAGUGGAAGACGGGCGACUGGUCCAAGUGCUCCUCCUCCUGCGGCAAAGGCCUGCAGUCGCGCGUGGUCCAGUGUAUGCACAAAGUAACGGGUCGUCAUGGAAACGACUGCCCGCCGCCACUCAGGCUCCCCAACUACAGGCCCUGCCACCAGGGCGCCUGCAACGAGAAGAUCAACGUGAACACCAUCACCUCCCCCAGGCUAGCCGCCCUGACCUACAAGUGCAUGGGCGACCAGUGGACGGUGUACUGCCGCGUGGUGCGGGAGAAGAACCUGUGCCAGGACAUGCGGUGGUACCAGCGCUGCUGUGACACAUGCCGGAACUUUUACGCCAACAAGAUCCAGCACAAGAGCUCGAUAGCCAAAGCAACGACCGCUUCUUCACUCUAAACCGCACACCUUUUUAUAAAUGUGUUCCCUGAAGCAUCACCAUGAAACCCGACCACCCCGUUCACCGCAGCCCGCUUCCUUCUCUUCCACUAUCGUCAAAAAACACUCUACGCCUCCAGCUUUUUUUUUUUUUUUUUUUUUCGUAUUUUGCAAAAGGACUAUGCCAACCGAACUGUUUAUUUCCGUCGCGUUUCUUUUUUUUUUCCAGCGGUGUCAUAAGCUUCCAGAUUUUUGAUGAAGACUUGAAAACUGUUUAUUUUGUUCUGUGCCAAAGAAAAAGGCAGGUAUAAUGUUGAGGGGAGCAUUAAGGAAAAAAAAAACAUCCUGUUGGCUUUAUUGCACAGAUUGAGGACAAGACAUCGACUACAUCCUGAAAAUAGAUGUUUUAAGGCUUAGAGACGUGGAUACAACAUGGACGCCCAGAGAGCAGCUCUGCACUGGGUGACCUCCUUCCCUCUGGUUCGCUUUAUUGUACUGUAUUAUUGCUACGUACAUAUCUGAUACAGAAUUAUGUAUAUAUAUAUAUAUAUAUAUAUAUAUAUAUAUAUAUAUUUCCAGAUAUGUACAAUAUAUAUUAACUAAGAAGUAUGUAAACGUAAGGUCAAAAUUAAGGGUGGAAAUGAUAAUGAGAACGAUAAUAUGAUUGUUAUCAUCACCAAGUGUGAAAACAAGGUAUGGAAAAUAGGUUUUCGAAAUGAGCGGGAUAACCGCUUGGGUGCUUUGGCCAACCGUGACGUCCUCAUCUAAUCAGCGAGCAACGCACAUCCUUAGUAGCAGAACCCCGUUUCCCAGGUCCCAGCCUAGACCGAACUCCACUCUCAGGCUGUGAAAAGCUGUGAAGAGUUUGGGAGGUUUGUCGUUUCCAGAGGCUGGCCCAGCGGUAAUCUGAUGAGAAAGUUUUGUCCCUCAGCUCAACCGGGGUUUUGUGUUGUUGACACUUUACCCUUGGUUAUUCGUCUCUUGGUGUAACAGGCGCUGUGAGAAGCCACACAGACAUGAGGACAUCCAACAGUGAAUCCAUGUAUUCAGCCCCAGUGGAUGAGUGCCAGAUACUGCAUGCUUAUGCGUUUAUGUGUGCAUAGUACACAGGACAUGUAUUACAUUAGGUUGGCGAAGAUGUUUACGACGACGUUAAACAUUUUGAGAGGCAGGCUUGAAAGAAGAUCUAUGUUUAAUGUGAAGCAGACGUGCCUUGCACAACAGGUUAAGUCUGGCAGGCCACGGAUGGAUCCAGAUGCUUGCGAGCACACCCCAACAUUUACUACAAUUCAGUAGUAAAUGCUGAACAGAUUUAAACAGAAAAACACAAUGGACUGGCAAUAUCUGUAGGAU